AUGCCUUCAAUGCUACUCCAGUGCAGGCCUCAAAUGGGACGUCGACACGUCAGAGUUAUCGUGAAAUUCCAAACGGAGCACACUACUAGAAUCCAGAAUGAGCAAGUUUUCGCAUCAAGUUUAGAGUAUCGAAGAAACAGUUGCUCGCCUUGCGUGCAUGACGCGUCGUGUCGCUUAUCCGGACAGGAUUCACCAAUGACCCUGGCACGUGAUGGUGUCCUGGUGACUGUAGAUCCAAGACAGAGAUCCUGUCAGCCCGUCAUGCCCAUUGCCGCACCCACAAGGGCUCAGUCAGAAAGCAGGCUGAUCUGA